AUUCCAUCUUUGAUCUCCUUGGAAUAUACAAUUCACUUUUUAAAAAAUAAUAAUUUUCUUUCUGUUCUGAAUAAGUCUGCUGAACUAUUGAGUAGAACAUAAGUGUAGGUGGGCAAAUGAGGAAGCUAGGUCACCUCCAAAAACAAAACAAAAUUCAGAAGUGUGCAGCUACUUGAUUGGCUUGAAAUUGUAAAUCCUUGAUUAAAUUAAGUUUUCCUCCUAGCCUAAAACAACAGGUGGAGUAGUUAUGACCUCAGCAAAAGGGGUGUGGUUUUUUUUCUCCAGGUAUUUGAAACUUCGGACCAGAUACACUUUGAAAGAAUUAAGAAUCAGAAAUAAGUGUGAAGAACAAGCAGCUUGGACGUGUUUCCUCCGGGCUGAACAAAAUGGAGCUGAAAGAAACUAAGCUCAACCUCAGUGGAGAGGAUGGUUAUUCCAACACUGGUUUUGAGGGAGAAGACAACAAGGAUCAGAGUGAAUCAAGAAAAUAUUCACUGAAAUAUCGUAAUGAACACAAUGGGGAUAGUAAAAAUACUCAGCAGGGAGAAGAACAUGUCACUAUUGAGCAAGAUCUCCCCAAACAGAAAGAAAGCAUAGAAGAAAAUGAACUGACACACAGGAAAAGGUACCUAGAAAAGAAGUAUGAUGUGAUUUGUAACUUCUUUAGGAAGCAUAAAACUGUGCUCCAAUACAUCUUCUAUGGCAUUUUUUUAGCAGGCUACUUGACUCUAAUCAUUGCAGCUUGUGUGAUGAACUUUCAUAGAGCCCUCCCACUUUUUCUCCUCACUAUUGCUACCAUAUUUUUUGUUAUUUGGGACCGCUUGAUAGCCAGAUAUGAAGGUCAGAUUGCAGAGUUCUUGUCUCCUGGUGGCAGAUUCCUAAAUAAACAUUGGUUCUGGUUGAAGUGGUUGAUGUGGAUCUCACUGAUUAUAUGUAUCAUUUGCUGGCUAAUUUUUGACACAGCCAAACAGGGAACCCAGGCUCUAAUGUCCUUUGCUGGGCUUGUGUUUUAUAUUCUCCUGAUGCUAGUAUUUUCUAAGUAUCCAACCAGAGUGUUCUGGAGACCUGUCUUCUGGGGACUUGGAUUACAGUUUGUUCUUGGUCUUCUCAUUCUAAGAACUACACCUGGAUUUGAAACAUUCAAUUGGUUGGGAAAACAAAUGCAGAUUUUCUUAGAAUAUACGGACACAGGCUCCAGGUUUGUCUUUGGUGAGAACUACAGAGACCAUUUCUUCGCUUUUAAGGUCUUGCCAAUAGUGGUCUUCUUCAGCACGGUCAUAUCCAUGCUCUACUACCUUGAAUUCAUGCAGUGGCUCAUUAAAAAGAUUGGAUGGUUAAUGCAGGCUACCUUGGGAUCAUCUCCUAUAGAAUCUGUAGUUGCUGCUGGCAACAUAUUUGUGGGACAGACUGAAUCGCCACUCUUGGUCCGACCUUAUUUAGCACAUCUCACUAAGUCUGAGCUCCAUGCAGUCAUGACAGCAGGGUUUUCAACCAUUGCUGGAAGUGUCUUGGGUGCAUAUAUUUCUUUUGGGGUUUCACCAUCACAUUUGUUAACUGCUUCAGUGAUGUCUGCCCCUGCCUCUCUGGCUGUUGCUAAAUUAUUUUGGCCUGAGACAGAAAUUCCUAAAAUAACUCUCAAGAAUGCCAUGAAAAUGGAGAAAGGUGACUCAAGAAAUCUCCUGGAAGCUGCAAGCAAUGGAGCCUCCGCUUCUAUCUCCCUGGUGGCAAACAUAGCUGUGAACAUGAUCGCCUUCCUAGCUCUGCUGGCCUUUGUAAAUUCAGCCCUUUCCUGGCUAGGAAACAUGUUUGACUACCCUGAGAUGAAUUUUGAGGUGAUCUGCUCCUAUGUCUUCAUGCCUUUUUCUUUCAUGAUGGGAGUUAACUGGCAAGACAGCUUUCUUGUUGGCCAACUUAUAGGAUAUAAGACUUUCUUCAAUGAAUUCGUAGCUUUCCAACAGCUUUCAAAAAUGAUCACAAUGCGUAAACUAGGUGGACCCAAAUUUGUAGAUGGUGUGCAACAAUACUUAUCUGUUCGCUCUGAAAUCAUUGCCACCUAUGCCCUUUGUGGUUUUGCCAAUUUUGGUUCUCUGGGAGUAGUAAUUGGAAGUCUCACAUCUCUGGCUCCCUCCAGGAAGCGGGACAUCGCCGGAGGGGCUUUACGGGCUCUGAUUGCUGGUACCGUCGCCAGCUUCAUGACCGCCUGUAUUGCUGGUAUACUCUCCCACUCUCCCAUGGAGAUAGAUUGUUUUAGUCUUUUAGAAAAAACCUUCAACUCAACUUCACCUAGCAACACAACUGAGCUAGUUACCUGUUGCCAAAACCUAUUUACCAGCACUAUUGCCAACAACGCCAGUGAUAUUUUACCAGGAAGCUUCUCUACCUUGAAUGGCUGCUGUCUGAUGCUGAAUCCAACUACAUUUAACUGUGAUUGGGUCACUACAUCACUCUAAGCUUGGCUUCUUCACCAGAUGGUCUUUGGCACAGGCUUCAAUCAUUUUGAAAUCAUUGAACAAUGUGGAAAUGAAUUUAUAUUAUCACACUUUUUUAUUGGGGGAAGAAGUUGUGGGAGAAUAUAUAGAUUAAUUUUUCCAUCAUAGAAUCAGCAUGGACUAGAAGAGAAAGAGAAGAAGAGUAUAACCUAUCAAAAAUGAUUCGUCUCCUUUGUCCCCCAUCCUUCUCCAAGGACACAAAGCUGUUCUGAUAUCCUGGUGGAAUCUUCUCUUUAUUCUCUUCAUUGUCAUUUGGAUUUGGUAUUCCAGAACAUUUCACCAAAACACAGGAAUUAGUGAAUUACUAAAUUCACCAACAAAAAGAGCUCUGCUCACCUGCUAUUCCUUUGGCAACAUGAACUAGAAGUCCAAAGAGAGCCACUAGAACAAGUCUCAGUUAAAAACCAUCCUGAAUUCACUGAUUUGAAACAUGAUAUUUUCAUCAGACCUUUAGAAAGCUCCAAUGGAACUGUCCAUGUAAAAGCUCAACAACUGCUAAGCUAUUUCAGAGAGAAGCAGUGUUGUCCCCACCUCAAGAAAAUGGGAAAAGAUACCUAGAAGGAAGAGGAAAAUGUCCAUUCCACUCUCUGAUUCUUAAGAGGCACAAUUUGAAAAACAAAAAUCAAGAGAAAGAUUUGCCACUAGGUUACCAUGGUGAAGUCCACAUUCACUAUUCUUAUCUAUGGUUUUGAGAGAAAAACCCUCUCUCCAGCUAUGAAAUCCGGGAAAGUGGCUGGGUCUCUGUGCUAAAGAGGAAGACUCCCAGUUCCAAUCUACCUCACAGAAUUGUGGGAGGGUGGGGAGACAGUGAUGACUAAAGGGUAGAAUUCCUGAGUUCUUGGACAAAAGGACACAAUUAUCUUGUAGACUCAGCAUUUGGUAUAUUUAUUAAAAGUGUCAUUCAUGUUACUCAGUAAUAAAAAUUCAAGGGGAAAAACCCAGGAACAUCAUCAGUUUGGGAUGCUCUCAGCCCAGCAGGAUAUGGUAAAACAAUAACAAUCAAUCAAGUUCCCUCUGCAUCAUAUCUUCUGCACCUUGAGCCAGAUAAGUUUGGCUUCCAAGAGUUUGUGGAGACUUUAUAGGAUUGAGAGAUUUAAGAAUAUAGUUUCUUUUUAACCUCUCAAAUGUUUCUGAAAUUGAACAAUUGUACAUUUGUGUAUGAUGAAAAUAAAUAUUAAAUAUUAAUAUAA